UGUGUACUGUACGGUGCUGCCGCCGCCGGGAGGACGCUGCUUCCCAAAACUAUGCCACUAUACUUGUAGCAAUAACACCCCUGCCAAGCACUCAAACGACGUCUAAGUGGUGCCAGAAGGACGAUCGAGUACCAUUCCUCCCUCCUUAGUUGAGAGAAACGCGUGUAAAGCCCCGGGAUAAGCUGGGGACGUGAGUGUGUUUUAUUAUCCCGGGCCUCCUCGCGGUUUCCUUCAAACAUGGCGGAUACCUACGAACUUGGGGACCUCGUCUGGGCCAAGAUGAAGGGCUUCUCCCCCUGGCCAGGCAAGGUCAUCCCAGCUCGAGAAAAUGUCAAGAAGCCCAGCAAGAAGCACUGUCACUUCAUAUACUUCUUUGGCAGUGAAAACUAUGCAUGGAUUGAAUCAGCAAACAUGAAGCCAUAUUUCCAGUACAAAGGCCGUCUUAUGAAUGCCAACAAAACCUCGACAUUCAAAGAAGCUGUGGAAUGUAUUGAAAAGUACAUUGGAGAGAACAAUAUAGAGGUGCCUGAGGUGAAGGAGGAGAACAAUGAUGCAAACCACACAGAAAAAAGUAUUACACCUUCCAAAGAAAAAAAGAUAAAGGCCACACCCAAGAGGAGGCCCAACAGUGAUGCGAGUAGUGGAGGCAGUAGUGCCAAACGCAUCAAAACAGACCCAAUGAGACUCAAAGACACCCUGUUGGACACCUCUCCGUCAAGCCAUAAUGCAAAGGCCAGGGUGUCAGCCCUCCUCAACAGACCAGUCCACAUUGAAAGACCUGAGACUCCACCGUUAGAUGUGGGAAGUGUGAGCCAGACCUUGAAAGAUAAGAAAAUUGAGCCCUCUGGGUUGAAGUUUGGGUUCCUUGGCCUGGGCAUUAUUGGGUCAGGCAUUGUCAAGAACCUUCUCAACAGUGGUCACAGCGUCAUGGUGUGGAACAGAUCGUCAGAAAAGUGUGGAGACUUUGUGAAUGCAGGCGCCAAAGAAAUGAUGACUCCGUCAGAUGUCAUUGCAGCAGCAGACAUCACCUUCUCUUGUGUGUCAGAUCCACAGGUGGCCAAAAAUAUGGUUUUUGGUAACUGUGGAGUAUUACAAGAGAUGUCUGCAGACAAAGGCUAUGUUGAGAUGACUGGCAUUGAUGCAGAAACUUCUCAAGACAUAGCUGAGGCCAUUAGUGGGCGUGGUGGGCGGUACCUUGAGGCACAGGUGCAGGGCAGCAAGGUACAAGCUGAGGAAGGCACACUGGUCAUCUUAGCAGCAGGAGAUAGAACACUGUUUGAUGACUGCCAGAGUUGUUUUCAAGCCAUGGGUAAAAACUCUUUCUAUUUGGGUGAAGUUGGAAAUGCAAGCAAGAUGAAUUUGGUUCUUCAAGUCAUGUCAGGAGUGACCCUAGCGGGCCUGGCUGAGGGCAUGGCUCUUGCUGACCGAGCUGGUCUACAACAGAAGGAUGUCAUGGAGAUCAUGGAACUUACCUCACUUGCUUGUCCCCUCAUGAUUGAGAAAGGCAAAGCAAUUAUUGAAGGAGGGUUCCCCACACAUCUGCCACUACAACACAUGCAGAAAGACCUUCGAUUGGGGAUGCUCAUGGGAGACACACUGGAAUUACCUCUCCCUCUCACUGCCGCCACAAAUGAAGUUUUCAAACAUGCAAAACGGCUUGGGUAUGGAGAGCACGAUGUCUCCAGUGUUUACAUACGUACUCGAUUCUAACAAUAGCUGUAAAAUGGAACCUGUCAGUAUGUUGAACCGAGGUGUGAGCUCAUGUCUUUGCCAUGUGCACCCUCAGUCACCCAUCACAGUGUCAUGAGUGCACAUUGUACCUUUCUUUUUUUUCUUUUUUUUUACCAUUGGCUUUCAGCAUUUUGUUAUAUGUUAGAAAAUAGUUUUAAUUUACUCAUUUUCUCAGUUCUUAAAUUUAACAUCUAAGUGUUUGGUCUUAAGUGAUAUGAGCUAAUUGAAAUGAGAAAUAAAGGGAAUGGCUGAGACUUUAUAGUUGGAUAUCAAAAAUAAUUAAUGACAGGAUUUACAAAUUACUAUGUAUAUAAAUUAUUUGAGUGGACUUGAAACGUUACUACAGAUUUGUUUAAUGACUGAAAAGAGUUUUAAGAAUUUCCUUUUGACAAAAAGUAUUAGUUGCAGAAUUUACAUAUAGUUAUGUAAAAAAAUUUUAAUAGAUGACCAAAUUUGACAAUUUAUAAGUGACGAGAGUUUGUCUACUUUCUAUAUUGAAGAUAACCUGCAGGGUUUACAAAUUGUCAUACGUAAUUGUAAGUUAUACAAGUUAUCUGGAAGGACGAUGAAGAGAUGAGAGUUUGGUAACUUUUUUGAAGUCAUCAGAAAUCUGACUUGAGUUUUCAAGUUUUGUUCUCUGGUUCAUUUUGUCCUGUCCCUUUUUCCUUCAGUUUAGUGUAUGUCAAAAGUAUGAAUGUUUUAUGGAAAGACUAGUGUAAAUGUCGAGUUUCACCACUUUGCCAGUUUCUUUCAUUCUACACUUUUUCUGGCUUGAUGGCAAAUAGUGAUUCUUGAUUUUAUAUAUAUCAAUAUUUUUUGCAAUAUAAAUUUUAUUAUGUAUGUUUUGUGUUAGAAAUUAAGUAGUUGAAUGGAUAAACAGUUUUACUCUGAUUAAAGUUUUCUACAAAUCAUUCAUUGUCCAUUUAUUGGAUUUCUUAUGCUUGUAUUCGGUUGUGUAAUUGCUUUGUAUAUUUUGUUUAUUUAAUUUUGGGAUAUUUUUGUAAAAAUAUGAUUAAAUUACAUAAAUGGUG